AUGGGUAUGACAAUAUUGUUUGGCAGGAAAAGUUUGUGGCUGAUUGCGGUGCUCGUCUCCAUGGUGGCUUCUUCUUCGUACGCUCAAACCAACUGCUCCAACUACAGGUUCAGCAACGCCAACGAGUUGUACGCAACCUGCGUGACCCUCCCCGUGCUCGACUCCUUCCUCCACUGGACCUACCAACCGUCCAACCACACCCUCAACAUCGCCUACCGCCACACCCGAGUCACCGCCUCCAACUGGGUGGCCUGGGCCCUAAAUCCGGGCGGCAGAGGCAUGAGCGGUGCCCAGUGCCUUGUGGCCUUGGUCGACCCCUCCUCCACCACUCCUCGUGCAUACACCUCCGCCAUCGCCCUCAAUGACUACAGCACGACUCUCCAGCAGAGCUCCCUCAGCUUCCAAGUCCCAUCCCUCUCCGCUGAGUUUCGGGACGGCCAGGAGAUGAUCAUACGCGCCACCAUUCAGCUCCCUCCAGGGAGGACCAGCUUCAACCAGGUGUGGCAGGUCGGCCCUCUUAGCCCCUCCGGUCAGCCCCAGCAGCACCGCAGCACCUCUGCAAACCUGGGUGCUACCAACAACCUCGAUUUUGCUACUGGGACCACCUUACAAACUGGCGGUGGCGGUGGCAGUGGCGGUGGCUCAAGGCAGAGAAGAAGAAAUACCCACGGUGUGCUGAACGUGGUGAGCUGGGGAAUACUGAUGCCGAUCGGGGCCAUGACGGCAAGGUACCUGAAGGUGUUCAAAGUGGGGAACCCAGCGUGGUUCUACCUCCACGUCACCUGCCAGGCCUCUGCCUAUGUAGUCGGGGUUGCCGGCUGGGCCACAGGACUCAAACUCGGCAGCGACUCCCCUGGAAUCGAGCGCACAACCCACAGGAACAUUGGAAUCACCCUUUUCGUCCUGGGCACCCUUCAGGCGUUUGCCCUCCUCCUCAGGCCCAAGCCCGACCACAAGUACAGGAUCUUCUGGAACGUAUAUCACCAUUCCAUAGGAUACACCGUCAUUGCCCUCAGCAUCGCCAACAUUUUCGAGGGCUUUGAUAUCUUAGACCCUGAGAGGAAGUGGAGACGAGCCUACAUUGGCGUGCUCAUUGCCUUGGGAGCUGUUGCCCUUUUCCUCGAACCACUCACCUGGUUUAUCGUCAUCAAGAGAAAGAGGGAGUCUUCUAAGCACGCACCCAAUGGGAACAAUGGUUAUAGUGCCUAG